AUGUAUGCGACUCUUAGCGAGGAAGUUCAUGGAAAGAACGAGAACCAUUGGGUGCAAGUCAGGGGCGUGAGUGGACAUGAGCUGCUGCACAUUCAACUUGGGGCCCAGACAACAGUAGCGGACUUGAAGCAAGAGCUUUGUCUGAUUUUUCACGUGCCGGCUGAGCAGCAGCAGCUGGCCUUGUCGCGGCAGCUCCUGCAGGAUGAUGGGCAACUGCUUGGAGAAUUGGCAGAGGUGCUGAAGGCAGAGGUUGAGCUGUAUGGGAUGCUCGCAUCGGACUUGCAGAACACGGCGCAGAAAACGGAGCCGCUGAGCAGCUUGGAGUUUGUUCUCUUUGUCGCCUCGGGCUUCUAUGACGUGCGGGUGCCCGAGGAGCUCGCCAGCCCCGGCUUCUUGCUGCCCAAGCUGUCGUUCUCGUUCCCUCAGCUUCCCCUUGCACAGCGCAUCUUCGUGGAGAGCGUGGAGCCAGGCUCCUGGGCCUCCGCGGCUGGCGUCAGCCAAGGCGACGAAGUCGUGGCCUUGGCCGGCCGCCGCGUGGCCAGCCUGGCUAGAGGUGAGUUCAGUGUGCUGCUAGAGAAGACCUUGCACGCCAAUGGGGUGAUCCAGUUCUACAAGGGUGGGCUGAAGUCGUACUUCUGCGACAGCUGUUCAGAUGGCGAAGCCAGUGGCUCUUUGGAGACUGGGUCGGCCGGCUCGGUGCUCUGCCUCUUCGCCGACAUGGAUGACCGUGAGCUGUUGGCCAUGCGCUUGCCGACGGGUUCCAGAAUAUGUGAGCUGAAGCAACACCUGCAGCGGCUGCUCAAGAUUCCAGAUUCCUGCUUGCAGCUGUUGUUCGAGAACAAACCUCUGGAGGAUGACGUGGUGCUCGGCGGCUUUGGUCAAGGGACGAGAUUUGCGGUGCUGCGAAUUGCUCUGUUCACGCAAGAGGAGUUUGGCGGGGCGCUUAAGUCGGACCUGCAACUGGAGCUUGGGCUCGCCUUCGGCGACCCUGCCUUCCUGCCAGCAGGUCGGAUUGCGAUUGCCGCCGUGGAUUCUGAGAAGUGGGCCGACAUGCUGGAGUUCUUAGGCAAUGAUGAUCUGGAGACGCCGAGCGACGGUCAGGUUGUGGCCGUCCUUCCGCGGAAUGACUUCAAUGCGCUGGUCAGCCGUGGGCCGCUGAACUUCCUCUUCCACUCGGCGGAUGUGCCGCGAGCGCUGCCUGCAGACUUCCAGGAGGCAGAGGUUCGGGAGGCUGCUCUGCCAGAUUCUGGCGCUUCUGGCGCUUCUGGCCCAUCGGCGGAAGCACACGCCAUUGAGCCUGAAACGCCCGUUUCCACCCUAAGGUGCACAUCUUUCACCCCCAAGCCACGGCCAAAGCCGAAGGCCACUGGUUAA